GUUUGAACUGAGAGGAAGUCGAAGAUUACAUUUCAAGAAGCCUUUUGAUGCAGCAAUGGAGUCGCCAAGUCGGACUCGUCGAAAACGGCCAAGAAGUGCGCUCUUACGGUCAACUGCAUUGGUAGAGCUACUGCCUCGAAGAACAAGCGGACCACUAUCAGUGGUUUCAAUGGGCGUGGCUGAGGGCGUGCAGAAGGGUGCCACUGCUUGCGAGACCUGCCGCUUGAAAAAGAUCAAAUGCACGCAAGGUAGACCAAGGUGUGCUUAUUGUAGCCGUCAUGGCUUCAAGUGUGACUAUCCGCGACAACAUUUGCCCAAUCAUGAGCAGGAUCGGGAGUUCCUCCUACAGCGCCUCGCUCGAACCGAGAGAAGGCUAGACCAGUUGGCCAUCUUCUGCAGCACACCAGAUGACCAAGGUAUUUGCCAUACUGACCAAGGCAGCAGCCUCAGUGAGACGAAUACGAGGUAUCCUUCACCUUCCACCUCAAUUUCUCAUUCACGGGUAUGGAAUGAGCGCUCAGAAGCAGCCUCGUCCCCAAAUGACCCUUGGCCUUGCCCGUCGAACAGGAUCGGCCAAAACUUUGACUCGGGCCUGGCGAAGGAUAACAAACAAUUACAGUACCUGGGAAGGGUGCCUAUGUCUUGCGAAGAGCACCGCCAUCCAUUUCCCGAUGUCGUCGCCUCGUACAGGCCAAGUAAUGUGCGUGAUAUACCAGUCGCCAAGCAGAGAUUCUUCCCUGACGUCGGCAUCUUGUACCCGAUCAUAUGUGAGAAUACUCUGCACGUUGCUGCAAACGCGGUCGAGGCGGAGGGAUUUCAAGAGAACAUGUGCUCAUGUCUUUUACUGCUUGUGAUCGCGACGGUAAAAGCAUUCAUGUACGUGGACUCUAUGGAAAGCGGACUUGGAGACUUCCAACGCGCGAUACAGCUGCGCAGCCGGCUCAGUGUUCAGCUGAGCCUUCAAUAUGUACACGUGCUGGUGUUCUCUGCCAUCUUUCUACUGCAAAAGAAUCGCCUGCUGGACUUUGCCACCGCACUGCAUGGUGCCUGCACUAUGCUUCAGACUGUUAUUAAACGGGACCGACUUACAGGCAUCAAGCGGCCAAGGAACGAGACGAAUAAUCUAAGGCUGCUGUUCUGGAUCUGUCACAAUCUUGAACGGGACAUGAUAUACGAAAUCGACAAUACGCUUCCACGGAGUGACUUGGCUCGGUUUGAGGAGUUCUUUCCCCUUCCUCUGCCAUGUGAUGAGGCCGACAACAAAGACAGGCCGGCACGCAUAAACACGCAUUUCGUGUUCUUCUUGGCUGAGAUGUCUUUACGUGCCAUCCUGGAAAGCAUCCUGACAAGCCCAGAACUAGAAAGCUGUACGCGAGAAAGUCCUCGCCCAGACCAUGUCCCGUGCCGCCCGAAUUUCUCUCCUGUGAGACGGGAACUACGAUCACAACUCGAUACUUGGAUACUCCGCCUUCCAGGGAGCCUGGGCUGGUCAGUUGAGCCAGCCGGUGGCGUACUGUCAGCGCAGGGUACACGCCUGAAACUUCUAUAUUGGUAUGCCCGAUUCGCACUCCACCGUACAAUGAUGCAGUAUACACUCGACGAUGAAACAUUUCAAUUGCAUUUUCUGCUCUGGGAGCCCUUUCGGGAAGGCCUGCUUCCUGUAAUCAACCUGAUCAAAGUAUUCGUUACGGAGCGACCUAGUAUUGACGUUUUCAUGGCCAACAGAAUCAUCUCUGCUUUAGAAGUGUUAAAGAGGACGGGAACGAAAGCUCCAUUCUCGACUUUCAACGGAGAGAGUGUGGAUGAUGUCCUGCAAAAGGGUACGGAUUUGUUGUUGACACAAUUCACGACUUCGUCGGAGUGGGUGCUUUGUAAAUUGUACAACAUAUAAAGAAGUUAUCAGACUGCAACUUCAGAUUUCACAAAGUACAAAUGAUGAUUGUCCGCCAUACCAGCGAUCUGCGAAGUCCA